UGACGUCACAACUGAGGGGAUUCUUAACCCAAAUGUAAACAAUGCACACGUGGAGAAUUCUCACGGUACAGAAUCAACAGAUGAUAAACCGGCAUGUAUCACCAAAUUGAAGAUGUUGAAUAUGGGGACACGUGCUAAGAUAUACGUGGCACUUGUUUUCUUUCGUUUCAGUUUUUGCUUUUGGGGUGUCAGUUGCGAAAUAAGUGACAAUAACUACAACGAACCAAUAACCAAAGAAGUAAAUGGCAUCAAAAGCGAAGUACACGGAAAAGAAGCGCAAAAGUACUGUAAAACCAUUCGGAUCAGGUAAAAGGCAACGAGAGAUUGAAACUCUAAAGGGGUUUCCAAAACCCUCUGAAUUUAUCAACGAAUUUGUUACACCAAGUUCUCCUGCCGUUUUCAAAGAAGCUGCCAAAAAAUUUCCAGCUCAUAAAAGAUGGCAACGCGAUAGCUAUUUUCUUCAAAAGCCACAGUCUGCCACAUUUUGGCUCGAGAUGGACAUGGAAUCAGGUCUGAAAGAUUUGACUACCUUUAAGAAGUUCCUGCAAACUUACCGGCAAAAUGAGUUGAAAUUAAUUGAUGUCCUCCCUUCAUAUCUCCAUAAAGAUGUCCUCCUUCCUUCCUGUCUUCUUUGUGGGCCAAUUUUAAAGCAGUUAUCUCAGCAUGCUUUUAUAAUGACAAAUGAUGAGGAUAGAAGUCCAGUAUUGUUGAGACAAGAGGAAGACACCAUUACCUGCCUCAUCUCUGGGGACAGAAGUGAGUUCACACUGGUUAGUUCACCCAGGUUCAAAGAUAAGUUUCCUGCAGACUUGAGGAAGUUGGAUGUUGAACAAGUCGAUCUGACCCAGUACCCAGGUUUAGCUGAUGUUGAAUAUCAUAAGGCAAAUCUGACCACAGGGGACUGUGUUUAUAUACCAGCUAAAUGGUACUACCAAGUGAACAGUUUCAGCAGAACAACUGAGGUAGAGGUAACUUGGAGACGUCAGCAAAAGUCCACUCUGAUGACAGAGAAGUCAUGCAAAUCCACCAUUUCUGGUCCGCCCACACUGGACAAGUUCCAUUUUAAUAAUCUCUCUAGGCAUGAGAACCACAUGGAGCACAGAAUUUUGCACAAUUUCAUUGGUUUCCUGAGACAUGAUGUAAGACUGACACUGAAAGAAUUCAUUGAAAAGAUGAAGAAAGACAAAAUGCUAAAAAAUAUGACAGAGUGGAAUGAUGAAUAUGAAGAUAUAGCUAAUGAGGUUUUUGAUGUAUUGAACUUGAAUACAGAUGAAGUAUUUUCUUUAGCAGACAUAGAUGCACUCACACCUUUGAGUCUUGAGCAAAUGACAGGACUUCUUGAAGAUCGAAUGGCAGACUUUGAGGAGAUAAUGCAAGACCAAAAUGUAGCCAGCUCAGCCAAAUCAAUUGGGGGUAAGUUAUUUGACCAAGGAGCUUUGGCUAAACAAGAAGCACUUUUGAAGAAAAUGAUAAGAGAAGCAACAUCCAAGAUACAAGAAUUCAAGAAGACAGCUCAAGCUAUAGAAAAAUCUAUACAUCAGUCAGAAGAAGAGAUUAGACAAAAGGAAAAAGAGGCAUAUGCAGCAGAACAUAAAGAUAGAAGUACUAACAAAUCCAACAAAUUUGGGGAAAAGGCAACAAAACCAGAUCAUAAGAAGAAAGAUCAUGAAGUUGCAUAUCAAACAAUGGAUGACAGUAUUAAAGAAGCCAUUGAAGAUGAAGAAGAAAUUAUUGCUGAACCUGACACAAUAGAACCCACCACUAAAGCAGCCGAGACACCUGCAGAGAGUGGAUCUUUAAACCAAAACCAGUCCAGUAUGAUCUCAGAGCAGAAAAAUGUAAAAAAGAAGGACAUUCAUUCUGGUUCAGACAGGAAUGUAAAAGAUGAACUGUAGCCAUUUUGCAUCCAGUAACAAGUACAUCUUGAUGCUAGAUUACAAUUUACUUCAUUUUGUGGUAUUAUUUAGAAAAACUAAAUUUAUGAUACUACAUCUGAUUUGUGGCAAUUUUUAAUGGAUUUUAAAAUAUUUAUUCUUUAGGUUAUUCCCUGAUACCAUGUUUGACUAUGAAUUUCUGUUUGUAGUUAUAUUUAAAAACAUAAAGCAAAUAUAACAAGACAAGUAUUAACUUACAGUUUUACAGUUUUAAUGAUUUUUAAAACCACUUAAGUUGCAUAGAGAAUUUUAAUAAAAAUAAUGAAAACAACAACCUUAAAAUAUCACUUACUUAAAAACCAUAAGCCAUAUUGGGCAUUAUAAAUGAAAAUUGGUGUUUGUUACUUGAAGACAUGAAAUGAUGACUUAGGGAGUGUUCCCAUAAACCCAUUGUACUAGCUGGAUCGAUCUAACUCUGCAGGGAUUCUUGCUAAACUGCAUUUAAGGGUAAGUGACUUAAAUGCCUAUCAUGCCUACUCCAGCUGCUUUAAGUUAGUCAAUUAUCCCUAGUUAGGGGGGG